UAUUGAUCUUCAGAGUUGGAGCCUCAUAGAAACGAAGUUACGCGGCAAAUGGCUCUUCGUCCAAUAUGUUUGCGACUUUGAACCCCGAUUUCUCUUCUGUUUCAAGAUCUUGAAGAGACUCUGUUCGAUUUCUGAAGUGGGUUUUUUCUUGAAGAGCUUCUUUUUGUUUCUUCUCUCUGCUUUGAUGAUGGCUGGAACUAAUCAAAUCAAUCUCAACGAAGCUAGGAUGGUGGUUCCACUAAAUACCUGGGUUCUCAUUUCCAACUUUAAGUUGGCUUACAAUCUUCUUCGUCGACCUGAUGGGACCUUCAAUCGCCAUUUGGCAGAGUUUCUCGACAGAAAAGUCCCGGCGAAUGCCAACCCGGUUGAUGGGACUUUCUCGUUCGAUGUCAUUAUUGAUCGGCCUACGAGUCUGCUUUGUAGAAUUUAUCGACCGGCCAACGGAGGGGAACCUCAAACUACUAACAUUGUUGAUCUUGAGAAGCCUGUGGAUUCUGAGGUGGUUGUUCCUGUUAUUGUUUUCUUUCAUGGUGGAAGCUUUGCUCAUUCAUCUGCUAACAGUGCUAUCUAUGAUACAUUAUGUCUCCGAUUGGUUAGCAUUUGUAAGGCUGUUGUUGUCUCUGUGAACUACCGGCGUGCGCCUGAGAAUCGGUAUCCAUGUGCUUAUGAUGAUGGAUGGACUGCACUCAAUUGGGUAAAUUCAAGAUCAUGGCUCCAAAGUAAAGACUCUAAAACGUAUAUUUAUUUGGCUGGCGAUAGUUCGGGCGGAAACAUCGUACACCAUGUUGCAUCAAGAGCAGUAAAGUCGGGAAUUGAAGUGUUGGGUAAUAUACUUCUCAAUCCAAUGUUUGGAGGACAGGAAAGAACUAAAUCUGAGGUUCGGUUAGAUGGAAAGUAUUUUGUGACCAUCCGGGAUAGGGACUGGUAUUGGAGGGCCUUCCUCCCUGAAGGAGAAGAUAGAGAUCAUCCAGCUUGUAAUCCCUUCGGCCCGAGGGGCAAUAGCCUCGAAGGAAUCAAGUUCCCGAAAAGCCUUGUUGUGGUGGCUGGUUUAGAUCUUGUCCAAGAUUGGCAAUUGGCUUAUGCCAAAGGGCUGGAGAAGGAUGGCCAAGAGGUGAAACUUUUGUAUCUUGAGCAGGCAACAAUUGGCUUCUACUUGCUACCGAAUACCGAGCACUUCUAUACCGUCAUGGACGAGAUAAGUGAAUUUGUGAGUUCUGACUGUUAAUAGAGUUGACACUAUCUACAGGCAGCCGUAUCUAACAGAACCGUAACAUUCCUCCUCGCGAUAAGAGGGGUCGUUUUAUAAGAUUGUGUAGUAAUACGACUUACCAUUUUGUUGAUUAUCAUGUUAUUUGUCUUCUUCCUUUGGGUCUGGUUCUUGUUGGUGUAAAAGAUGGCUGAAACUUGGUCGACAGACUCAAUAGUACGACGAUUCAACACCUAGCUGGAUCGGUUCGGGUUGCUAUCUUCUAGAUUUUGGAUGUAACUGUUUGCUAUGGCUCUUAUGGCAACAAGAGCGACGUAGCUUUUAAGCGCAGCAGAGUUCCAGUUUAACAUUACUUGCCCUGGCAUCUCGCUGCAAUGCGAUGUAGAGGAAGAUCCAAGUUUACGGGUAACUUUUUCAGUAGCUUGGUUUCAUUCCUGCUAGUGACAUAUUAUAUAUAUAGCUAAUUUCAAAACAUGGUUGGGGAAACAGCCAUGAUAUUGUGAUUCUAUAUGUUAAUACAUAUGUUCUAGAAUAUAUGAAAAAGUUUGCUUAUUUUAACUCUUGGUCAUUGUAAUUUGUUCAUUUUGCACUAGAACCUUUUUCUUUUUUGGUUA